AAGAACUCUUGAACCCCAACUCACUUCACAAACUCUCAUACAAGAAAAUAUUUCUCUCUCUCUUUUCUCUCUCUGAGCUAUGGAAUUAGAUCCAUGUUUUGGAGAAAAACUUUCUAUGAAUUUUCCUAAAACACCUUCCAUAAAAUCAGAGAUGGUUCCAAGCUCAGUUGUUUCACCUCCACCUCCACCACCAUCACAUUACACCACCUUUUUGUACCAAAAUCACCAUUUUAAGAAACAUCAUCCUCUGAAUAACCACCCUGGUUUCGCUACGAGGGUUCCUUCUUCCUCCUCGAUGAUCUCUAUGAUCCCAACACCUUCAUACCAACGAGAUUUCGUCGAUGCUCGAAAUCCAAUGACCUUUGAACCAAACAUGGAAUUACCAACCAUGCAUGGUCGCCUUAACAGUAGCAAAGGGAUUUGGGAUUUGUCCAACGACAAAAACAAUCUCUUUCAAUCUCAGGUGGGUGUGGGUCCCACUCUAUCUGCACCAUCACUCCUUUAUGGUGAUGGUGCAAUUAAGCCUAAGCUUCAAGGUGGAGAUUCUUCAUGCACCCAUGGAAGAAUUGGAAACAAACCCCGAGUGAAUGAUCGAGGGAGGAUUCAAAUGAAUAGCGAAAUUCAGCACAAGGAUCCCAAUAAAAUCAAAGGACAAUGGACUACGAAUGAGGAUAGCCUUCUUGUUGAAUUGGUGGAGCGAUUUGGGCUUAAAAAAUGGUCACAGAUUGCUAAGUACUUGAAUGGAAGGAUUGGGAAACAGUGCAGGGAAAGAUGGUGUAAUCACCUUCGACCCAACAUUAAGAAGGAGUCAUGGAGUGAAGAGGAAGACAAAACACUGAUUGAAGCUCACAAGACAGUUGGAAACAAAUGGGCAGAAAUUGCUAAGAGAUUGCCAGGACGCACUGAGAACUCAAUCAAGAACCACUGGAACGCCACUAAGCGUCGGCAGUACGCCAAGAAAAGGCACAACAGGCGAAAUAGUUCAAAGGGAAUGCUUCUUCAGAAAUACAUCAUGGAAGUUGCGGCGGCGGAGGAAGUGAAAAAGGAGCUGAUGAAACAAUCCAUGAACAUGAUGAAUAUUGGGAAUCAGCCAAAUAACAUUACCAAUGCAAACUUUGGUGAGUAUGAAAGUUCAGAUCAGAGUGAUUUCAGCUCUGAUCAAGGUUGGGGUACUAACCCAGAGGAUGAUGAACUUGGUGGUGGUGGGUAUGUGCCAAUGAUGUUCAAUGAUGAUGGAAUGGGAAGUGGAUCUGGUGGCACAAUGAGUUAUGAUCAAUUUGGAUCAUAUGGAAUGGAGAAUAUUAUUUCUGAGGUUUCUAUGAAGAAGGAAAUUGAUCUCAUGGAGAUGAUCUAUAGAAACCCUUAAGGUCAGUAGUACAGUAGUAGGGUCAUCAUGCAUGGAUCCAUUGUUUGGUGUCUCUCUUUGUUUCUUUUUAUCUUGUGUUUCUCUUGUCAUGUUUAGUUUUAACUUGACUCAUGCCCUAUGUAUAGGGCCACAUACUCUCUUUAGACUUGAAACUUCCUUGUAUGGAUAUGGAUGGAAAUAAAGUUUUCUUAUUUUUAUGCCU